UUUUCCAUUUCCUUUGCUGCUUAUUCUUCACUCCGUCUCCUUCUUUUUGCUGCAACUUACCUCUGUCUCUUCAAUCCAUCCAGUUUCACUUUUCUGGGCGCAUGGUAGCUAUAGAAUACAUGCGUGGACCUGUUGCGCUUGCAUUGCUGCCUGCAAAAUGCAGGUCCUGGCAAAUCUACUCGAUGAAUCGAUCACAUUCACAGGGUUUAUUGGCGACUUUAACACCUAAGAAACUAGAGAAGGAAGCUGACAAAAGGGGGCUAGCAACUAAAGAGACGAUUGACCCAAUAGUGGCCUUUAGCAGGCCUCCACCACUUCCACCUUUUUUAGGACCGUUGGUUGCUCUCUCGUUGUUAGAGACAUGGUGGAACCGUGGCACUGAUGAAGAUGGCAAGUGAUGAUGUGAUGAAAUAGUGUGAUCGUUACUUGAAGAAAGUUUUGGAAAUAAAAAUCACAACAGUGAUUACAGAGUUGAGCAAUCGAACAAAGAAGCCCCAUAGCUUUAUGUAGCCUUCUAGGAGUGGAUGUAGCCAAGGCGCGACAAAUAUAUUGUAAACUCUCAAUAUCCAUGUUAGUAUUACAUUAGGACUUCUUAAGAACCCUGCAGGAACACGCACUGUACAUGUUAGUAUAUGUUAGUGGAAAUUUUGAGAUUGUUAAAAGGAAAUGUAAAAUCUAGGAAUGUGACUUACACUCGGUUACUUUCGGAAAGUCAUCAAAUAUUGAAGUCACGUUUUUCAA